AUGCUGGGAAAAGUCGCGCUCGAAGAGGCAUUUGCCCUGCCACGAAAUGCGGAAGUGACAGAAUGGUGGGCUGGCCUCUUUGCCGUCGACGCCGCCAAGCACACGAGGGAGAUCAACGAUAUCAACAAGCUUCGGAUUGAGAAGAUGGACAAGUUCGGCGUAGGGUACAAGAUCCUGUCAUACACCGCUCCGGGUGUGCAGGAUGUGUGGGAACAGGAGAAAGCUGAUGCCCUGGCACGAGAGGUCAAUGAUCAUGUUGCCGGCGAGAUCAAGGGCCAUGAGGAUCGAUUGGGUGCUUUUGCUACUCUCUCCAUGUACGACCCCAAAGUCGCGGCAGACGAGCUUCGACGAUGUGUCAAGGAUUACGGCUUCAAGGGAGCCCUUGUGAAUGACACUCAACGCAACGACGAGUCGGGUAGCUCCAUGAUCUUCUACGACGGGCCUGAAUGGGAUAUCUUCUGGUCGACCGUUCAAGAACUUGAUGUAGCAUUCUACCUCCACCCACGAAACCCCACCGGCGUUUUCUAUGAGAAGCUGUGGGCACCGCGGAAAUGGCUGCUUGGACCCCCUCUCAGCUUCGCGCAGGGCGUCAGCUUACAUCUUCUGGGCAUGGUGACUAACGGUGUUUUCGAUCGUUUCCCCAAGCUCAAGGUCGUCAUUGGCCAUUUGGGCGAGCACAUUCCCUUUGAUCUCUGGAGGAUCAACCACUGGUUUGAGGACGUUAAGAAGCCGCUGGGCUUGGAUUGCAAGAAGACGAUUCGGGAAUACUUCGACCAGAACAUUUGGAUCACCACGAGCGGACACUUCUCGACUCCUACUUUGGAGUACUGUGUUCGGGAGCUGGGACCCGAGAGGAUCUUGUUCUCGAUUGACUAUCCAUUCGAGAGUUUUGAAGAUGCGUGCAACUGGUACGACGGGGUCAAGCUGGAUGGAGAGAAGACCGUGAAGCAGAUUGGCCGAGAUAACGCGAAGCAGCUCUUCAAGCUGGGAAAGUUCAAGGAUGACAGUGCAUGA